AUGUCGCUCACGAUCCCGACGAAUCUCGUCCUCAACCCGAGAUCCAACAAAUCUCUCACCCAAUCCGUACCCAAAUCCGCCGCGAGAUUCGUCUGCUCCUCCUCCGAUGACAACAAAUCCGCGACGCAGCCACAGUCCAUGAAGGCCUUCUCCGCCGCCGUCGCUCUCUCCUCCAUCCUCCUCUCAGCUCCGAUGCCAGCCGUCGCUGAUAUCUCAGGCUUGACCCCUUGCAAGGACUCCAAACAGUUCGCCAAGAGAGAGAAGCAACAGAUCAAAAAACUCGAAUCCUCCCUCAAGCUCUACGCUCCUGAGAGCGCCCCUGCUCUCGCUCUCAACGCUCAGAUCGAGAAAACCAAGCGCAGGUUCGACAACUACGGCAAGUACGGGCUACUCUGUGGCUCGGACGGACUACCGCACCUGAUAGUGAACGGAGACCAGCGGCAUUGGGGAGAGUUCAUAACGCCAGGGAUUCUCUUCCUCUACAUCGCCGGGUGGAUCGGGUGGGUCGGGAGAAGCUACUUGAGAGCGAUCAGCGGGGAGAAGAAGCCGGCGAUGAAAGAGAUCAUCAUCGAUGUUCCUUUGGCUAGUGGGAUCAUCUUCCGCGGUUUCAUUUGGCCCGUUGCUGCUUACAGAGAGUUGCUCAACGGUGAUCUCAUUGCCAAGGAUGUCUAG